AUGGGGAGUGGCGCAAGUGCAGAAGACAAGGAAUUGUCGAAACGAUCACGUGAACUGGAGAAAAAACUGCAGGAAGAUGCAGCAAAAGAUGCUAAGACUGUGAAACUGUUACUUCUAGGUGCUGGAGAAUCUGGGAAGAGUACAAUUGUCAAGCAGAUGAAGAUUAUUCACCAGGAUGGAUACACGGAGGAAGAGUGCCUGGAGUUUAAAUCUAUCAUCUAUGGGAAUGUGCUUCAAUCCAUCCUGUCCAUAAUCCGUGCUAUGACCACACUGGGCAUUGACUAUGCUGAUCCAAGUAAAGCGGAUGAUGGGCGCCUGCUGUGUCACCUGGCAGACUCUAUUGACGAGGGUACCAUGCCCCAGGAGCUUGUGGAUGUGAUAAAGAAGCUAUGGAAAGAUGAUGGUGUUCAGGCUUCAUUUGAAAGAGCAGCUGAAUAUCAGCUCAAUGACUCCGCUCCCUAUUACUUGAAUCAGCUAGACAGAAUCACAGCUCCUGAUUAUCUCCCCAAUGAACAAGAUGUGCUUCGUUCCAGAGUGAAAACUACUGGAAUUAUUGAGACACAGUUCUCCUUCAAGGAUCUGCAUUUUAGGAUGUUUGAUGUGGGAGGACAGAGAUCAGAGCGGAAGAAGUGGAUUCACUGCUUUGAAGGGGUGACCUGCAUCAUAUUCUGUGGAGCGCUCAGUGCAUACGACAUGGUGCUGGUGGAAGAUGAGGAAGUGAACCGUAUGCAUGAAUCGCUACACCUUUUUAACAGCAUCUGCAAUCACAAAUUCUUUGCAGCAACAUCAAUUGUUCUGUUCCUGAACAAGAAAGAUCUCUUUGAGCAGAAAAUCAAAAAGGUUCAUCUAAGUAUCUGCUUCCCAGAUUAUGACGGUCCCAAUACAUAUGACGAUGCAGGAAAUUACAUCAAAAACCAGUUUUUGGAUUUGAACAUGCGUAAAGAUGUCAAGGAGAUCUACGGUCACAUGACCUGUGCCACUGACACCAAGAACGUGAAGUUUGUGUUUGAUGCAGUGACUGAUAUUGUUAUCAAAGAAUCACUAAAAGACUGUGGGCUUUUCUGAAAUCCACCAAAUCAUGUACUGGGGAAAAAAAGUGACAGCUUGACCUACAUACGACCUUCUGACCCUCUACUUUUCCUCAGGACAAGUGACAUGUGACCUCCAAUCCAAUAUGGACACAAUUGUUUUACAGCAUUACUAUUUGUACCUCACAACAGGAUAUGGGGUUCCCUUUCUACUGCAUAAACUGGUGCUUACUAGAGCUCUGAAUUGAGCUAUUAUGUGUUAUUUCACGAUCAUGUGAAAAUAGGCAUCAGCUAU